AUGAUGCCCACCGAUGAAAGCCCGAGCUCGCAGGGACAACCAAACGGAGGGAAACAUGUUACGGGAAAGAUUCCUCAUGCGUUAAACGUUUUUGAAACAGUUGAGAAAGCUGGCGACAACGGGGAAAUUGUCGAGUGGCCCAGAGUAGUCGAGGGGCGCCUGCUUUAUCAAGGGGAAGUGAAGGUAGGAAAUCACAUUCUGCCUGUGUGCGAAGAAGCCUCCUUCAUACCUUCUGUUCCAGAAAACCCCGAAAGUGCUGCCGAAGCCUUCGCAGGAAACUACGAUGGCAACUUCCCAGAGACAACUGGGCGCGAUGUGUCCUCUUUCGUAGAGAUAAAGGCUCCAGUCAAAUACCGAGAUGGCAGGAAAGAAGAAGUCAAAGCCCAUCUCGCCGCCAGAGGUCACCUCGUUAUUGGGGCACUUUCCCAAUCAGAUGAGUCAGCGUCUCCGGAUGGUCGGGAUCUGUUCGCGCCGUACGAACAUAAGCUAGCAAAGUUUGUAAUUAUUAUCAGUUCGCUAAGCGGAAACUGCGCCUGGUAUGUAGUAGAGGAAAUACGGCGUCUACUUUACCUCCGGGACGGCAGGCUUUCAAGGAGCGCUGAUUUGGAGUCGCGGAAGGAAGCCUGCAGCUCUUUGGCUCGGCUCGCCUGUCUCAGGAAAAGUCUUGCUGAAAUGGAGGAUCACGGCAGGCGCUUCACCUGCCACUCUUCUGCAGACGCCUUGCAUGAGCUCGAGGCCGCCUUAGCAGGGGCCCUUGCCUACCGCUCAGCCGAUGGCAAGCAUCCUGCAGUGUAUAUUCCUGUAGCCAGCUUCAUUCCCGCAAGUCUUUAUCUGCGUGUUACCCCCGCUGAGAUUCAGCGAACCCUCCUUAGCGUCUUUGACCGCGUCUGGGGCAAGUUGGGUGCCGCCUCCCGUCGUCACACUGAAAAAAUAUCACGCGUGGCAGUGGUCUUGGAUUUCAGCGGCAUGUCUCAGUUAGACCUUGCUGCGUAUUCAACGCAUCGUCUUUUGGGAGAUAUUGGGGAAGUCUUGCGCGCAUACUGCCCUUGGCUUGUGUACAAGAUCGUCCUUUUCAAGCUGUGGUUUGCUAGGGAAUUCCUUUGGGAACUCUUCAGACCAGCGCUUCAAGCCGACUGCCGCGUUGUGACAGCAGAAGAUGAGGAGGCGCUACUUCAGGAGAUCCAAGCAGAUGGGACUUUCAUCCUGCAUACCCUUGGAGGCUUCAACGAGUGUAGCGUGCUGCGAUGUCGGCGGCCUGUGUACCGUUUGAGACAGCCUCCCCAGCCGUUAGGCGUGAAUGAGUGGUUCAACAGGGAGGGAGAGGCAACGGAUUUCUGGGAAGAAAUGGAAAAACUGUACGAGGAGGCCCCGUGGGCCCCUCCGGAGGGAGACCCUGUGGAUGACAUCCAAACCAGGGGCCAUGACAACAUCAGUGCAGCAUUGCCAAGGCGAAUACAAGAUGAAAGCAGAGAACAGGCUUUGCAAAGCAAGGAGGAGGAGCUAGAGGAGCUAAUCAACAGACAAGAAUGUACAGUACCUCAUUUCAAGAAGGCACUGAAGCAGGUGUUAAACGCGAGGGAUGUUGAUGGAGAGUUCGCAAAAGCUUUCACCGCACCCAAAAUGGAAUUAACUCGUCCUGUCUUUUCCAUGGAAAACGUCACAAAAUCGGAUGUGCAGAUAUGCAUCUGGAAAACGCCAAAGGACGAGAUGGAGGCAGCCAAAGGAACUGCCCAGAUGCUCAUGAAGAUAUUCGAAAAGCGCAAUAUGUGGACCCAUCCUUUCCUGCCUUCCAAGUACAUGCAUGCAUUUGAGAGGACGACGUAUCCGCUCGAUUGUGUCUACCAUUCCAGUCCGGUCUCCCCGAUGAAGCCUCAGGAGACUCUCCCUGUAGUAAGGCCCACUGCUCCCAAGGACGGACUAAUGAGAACUGCUCCGGUUAAAGAGAACCUUCCAGCUUCUUGCAACAGAGUUGCACUGGACGCCAUUAACUUUCUGUGA